UAAACAGAUCAUGACAACAGCCGCGUGGGGGCUGCGGGAGCGCAGGGGUGGACGGGAAAGCUGGUGUUCCUCUAGAUGGCCUGAUAUGAAGGAGUCACACCUCUCACCUCCCCAAGCUGCAGCUGCCUUGUCCUUCAAGUGCAGGAGCUGGUUGAAAUAUCAGGAAUGGAAGCCAAUGUGACUAUCCCAAUCUGGCAAAACAAGCCACAUGGGGCUGCUCGAAGUGUAGUGAGAAGAAUCGGGACCAACCUACCCCUGAAACCCUGUCCCCGGGCAUCUUUUGAGACUCUGCCCAACAUCUCUGACCUGUGUUUAAGAGAUGUGCCCCCAGUCCCUACCUUGGCUGACAUUGCCUGGAUUGCUGCGGAUGAAGAGGAGACAUAUGCCCGGGUCAGGAGUGAUACACGCCCCCUGAGACAUACCUGGAAGCCCAGCCCCCUGAUUGUCAUGCAGCGCAAUGCCUCAGUGCCCAACCUGCGUGGGUCAGAGGAGAGGCUCCUGGCCCUGAAGAAGCCAGCCCUGCCAGCCCUAAGCCGUACCACUGAGUUGCAGGAUGAACUGAGUCACCUGCGCAGCCAGAUUGCCAAGAUAGUAGCAGCUGAUGCAGCUUCGGCUUCAUUAACGCCAGAUUUCUUAUCUCCAGGAAGUUCAAAUGUCUCUUCUCCCUUACCUUGUUUUGGAUCCUCAUUCCACUCUACAACUUCCUUUGUCAUUAGUGACAUCACCGAGGAGACAGAGGUAGAGGUACCUGAGCUUCCAUCAGUCCCCCUGCUUUGUUCUGCCAGCCCUGAAUGUUGCAAACCAGAACACAAAACUACCUGCAGCUCGUCUGAAGAGGAUGACUGCAUCUCUCUGUCUAAAGCCAGCAGCUUUGCAGACAUGAUGGGUAUCCUGAAGGACUUUCACCGGAUGAAACAGAGCCAAGAUCUGAACCGGAGUUUAUUGAAGGAGGAAGACCCUGCUGUGCUUAUCUCUGAGGUCCUAAGGAGGAAGUUUGCACUGAAGGAAGAAGAUACCAGUAGAAAAGGAAACUGACAACACUCGGCCCUGUAAACUCAGUCUCAUGCUCCUGGAAUUCCUUUAAUAGCUGCCUUCCUCACCGCAGAUGUUUCUGCCUCUCAAUGAGAAAUCUUCUGCAACAGUCUUGCUGACAAGCUAGAGCUUGGACUGAAAGAGAAGAGCUGGAUUAUGUGUUUCCCCUACUUCAAAGUCUAGCAGAAGCUAAGGCCUGUGAUUUAUUGCAGGUAAUCGUGUAGAAUGCAGUGUCUCAGUUUUAAAGGGUAAGACAGAAGUUUCUGGUUUUUCCUCAUCCCUGUGUGAAAAUAGGUCCUAAAUGAAUGACUUCACUGCAUUAGACCCCAUAACUGGUCUCAUUGGACACUUUGUGCUCAGCUGUCACUCACUCUCAGUGGCUUCCUUGCAGCAGAGCAGGAUAGAGCCAAAGGAGCUAUAAAUGUUUGUGUACAUGUUCACAGGGCAGGGAAAAUCUUAUGCUGCUCCAUCAUAAACCUACACCAAUGCCCUGCAAUCACCCUCUCCCCUUCCCUGUCUAGACGUAGAGGCUGGGCCACUGAACCAGCCAACACUUGGGCUGCACUGGGAAGCCUGGGCUGUUUUGUUCUUAAACAUUUUAUAAUACUGAACAACCAAAUCUACCCUCCAAGGCCUUGUGGUCUCAUCAGUUCCACUGAUUGAUUAAAAACUUUCUCUUCCACGGACUUCAGUUUAAGCCUGGUAGGAAAGAGAAACAGGGAGGGGAAAGAACAUACCAUCUUUCUUCCAGGCCCCUGACUGCUCCUUUGGGUUGGGCCAAGGUUUGUACCUGCCACACCAUGCAUGACUCAGAUGCCCUCAGGUCCCUUUCUCUAUGGUAUGUAUACUAUGUGUGUUUGGGUUGAAGUACUACCUGACAUUAAAGGAAGGAUUUGGAGAGAGAAUGCA